AUUACAACAGCAUCGCAUUGUUGAUCAGUGAUCAUGUAUGUAAUCACCACCUGACCUCCCAGGCCAUGCCACCUCGGCAUCAUUAUUCAACAAAUCCAUGCGGACAAAUCAAUCUCUGGCGUGAUGUGUCGUACAUUAUAGUUGCCCUAUCAAGACGAAAUGUUGCAAAAGAGCAUGACUGCUCUCCAAUAGCUGGCACCUCUCACUCUUCACUUCCAAACAGCAUCGCCCCUCCACCCUCUACCACCCCCAAAGCACCAUGCCCCUCUGGCUCAUCUACCACCCCCCCCAAACCUUCACCACCCCCGAAUCCAAAUCCGCCCUCGUCAAAUCCAUAACCUCAAUCUACACCUCCUCCGGCCUCCCCGCCUUCUACGUAGUCAUCAACUUCAUCCCCCUCUCCCCCGAUGACAACACCUUCAUCGGCGGGGAGCCCUCCUCUGCCCGAUCCAAACCCUUCAUCCGCUUUGUAGCCGAGCACAUCGCCGUCCACGUCAGUCAAAACCCCGGCCGUCAAGAGCGAACAAUCAAGCGGAUCGACGACGCUUUGCGACCGCAUGUAGAGGAGAAGGGGUAUGACUGGGAGUGGCACGUUGACGAGACGCCUAGGGCGUUGUGGAAGAUCAAUGGCUUUGUUCCGCCUCCUUUUGGGAGCAAGGCCGAGAAGGAGUGGGCUGAGUUGAACAGGCCGGUGCCGUGGGAGGAGGAGGAAAGGGAGGGAAACCAAAGGGGUGAUCGGAGGUAUGUGGUAUCGAUGUGAUUACAAGCGGUACGCUAUGCUAUAUGUAUGUCCAAUGGCACCUAAUCUAUCCUAUUCUUCUCGCCUUCUGUCGCACUUCAAAUCCCGGGCAACCCAAUGAUGCUCCUGAGGGCGGGCACGUUCCGGGGAAGAAUAUACGUAGUGUACAGAGCCGUCAAAGCGACAAGCAGUCC